AUGGCUCAAGUUGUUGAGCUGCCCUUGUGCCCUGUCCGCCAUGUCGUGGUGUAUGCUGAUAGAGCUGAAGUCACAAGAGAGAUUAGCCUCAAAGACGUAGAGGCAGGAGAAAAUGAAGUGACUCUUAACAACAUAUCAAAAGUCAUUGACAAGGAUUCUGUUCGUAUUGAUGGAACAGGGGCUGCAUCAAUAAUGGAGGUAUCAUUUCAAGACAUACCUGUCACUGAAGAGCAAGACAACCAAUCUGAGCUGAAGGAAGAAGUCCAUCAGUUAGAAGAGGAAUUGACAGAAUUGGACAAAAAGUUCAACAUUUCCACAAAAAGGAAAGACAGGCUGGAGGAGCAAACAGAUCUCCUUGAUAAGUACACAAACACUUUAGUCUCCUCUGGUAAAGGUGCUGGGCCAGUUGAGCUUGUCAGCAGAGACACAAUAGAUAAUGUCUUCUCUUUCAUGGACACUUUUGAAAAUGAGUCGAUGGAGCUUAUGACAAAGAAGACUGACAAUGAAGAAGAGAGAAAGAAGUUGAGCAAAAGGAGAGAAGAGGUGAAAAAUAGACUCUCAAAUUUGAAGCCAAAGAUAAGGACAGAUGAGAAUGCUGUCAUCAAGCAAACUGUCAUUGGUAUUAUGCUAGCAGUUAAGGAAAGAGGAGACAUUAAGCUACUG